UCUACUCAUUAAUAUCAAUGUGUCUGUUAAGGGUUAAGCAGCAUAGUUAAAUUGUGCUGGUUAUCCAUUAUUGGUCUCUUUCGCAAUGUCUGGUGAUGAGCUGCAGUCUUUCAAUCUAUCCAGUAUCCAUCCAGAAGAGGAGGAAAAGCCAGUAUCUGUUUUAUGGGGCUGUAAACUGAGUAAGGAAUGUAAAAAGUGUGUGUUUGAAACGGAGGAUGAUUUUCUGGAACAUCUACUUGGUCUGAAGACGAUUUGCUUGGGGCCUGACGCUAAAGAUGAAAUGAAUGUGAUUUCGGUGGAGUUAAAACACACGCAGGGGAAACCCGUGACCAUUGCGUCUCUCCGGCUGUCUGUACUUCCUAUGAUUAAUGUAGAUGGUUUGGAACUCAGCCCGCCAGUCACCUUCAUCCUUACUUCUGGUUCUGGUCCGGUCUAUAUCUCAGGACAGCAUCUGACCCUGGAAGAUGACCUACAGAUUGAAAGCGAAGAGGAGGAGCAAACAUAA